GUUAGGCAGCAUGUGGGCCAGGAGGUGAGUGCAGAGGUGAAGGGGUGAAUGGGGAACUGAAAAGAGCGAACGACUGAGGGAAGCCCUGAAGUUCUGGUGAACAAAAGCCAGUGUCAGGGAAGCCGAAGAGGAGAGAGCUGGGGUCAGAGCCAGAGGGAGGCAUGAAGGGGACUGCGUGACAGCCCCCAGCCCGCGGCUGCCCGGAGCAGGAGACGACCCCCCCCCCUCCUCCCCGGGCCGGGACAUGAGGGAGGAGGCGCCGCCCGGCCCGCCAGAGCAGCCCCGGCGCCCGCCAGCCACAGCGCAGCAUGGGGCUCGCCCCCCUCCUCGCCCUCUGCCUCUGGAGCCGGGUACUGGGUAAUGACAUUCUGGGGCUGAAGCUACCGAGUGACCCUGUCCUGACCCCCAACACGGUGUGCCUGACCCUGCCGGGACUCAGCAAACGCCAGAUGGGCCUAUGUGUGCGUAGCCCAGAUGUGACCGCCUCGGCCCUGCAGGGCAUCCAACUCGCCAUCCAGGAGUGUCAACACCAGCUGCGGGACCAGCGCUGGAACUGCUCCAGCCUGGAGGGGGCGGGCCAGGUGCUGCAGGACAGCGCCAUCCUCAAGAGAGGCUUCCGGGAAAGUGCCUUCACCUUCUCCCUGCUGGCGGCGGGUGUGAUGCACUCGGUGGCCACGGCCUGUAGCCUGGGCAAGCUGCAGGGCUGCGGCUGCGCGUGGGGGGAGCACGGCGGCCAGGAGAAGCAGCGGCUGAAGCUAAACCAGCUGCAGGCGCUGUCCCGGGGCAAGGGCCUCCCUCCUCACCUGGCCUCGCUCCUGGGCGAGCCCGGCCCGCAGGACACCUGGCAGUGGGGCGGCUGUGGGCCCGACAUCAGCUUCGGGGAGCGCUUCUCCCGGGACUUCCUGGACUCACGAGAGGUGCCACGCGACAUCCAGGCCCGGAUGAGGAUCCACAACAACUGGGUGGGCAGGCAGGUGGUGGCGGAGAACAUGAAGCGGAAGUGCAAGUGCCACGGCACGUCGGGCAGCUGCCAGUUCCGCACGUGCUGGCCGGUGGUGCCCGAGUUCCGGCUGGUGGGCGCGGUGCUGCGGGAGCGGAUGCAACACGCCGCCUUCAUCAGCGCCCACAACCGCAACAGCGGCGUGUUCGGGCCGCGGCUGGGCCCGCGCCGCCUGGCCCGCGAGCUGGUCUACUUCGAGAAAUCACCCGACUUCUGCGAGCACGACCCGGCGCUCGACUCGCCCGGCACCCGCGGCCGUGCCUGCAACCGCACCAGCCCCCGAACGGACGGGUGCGCCAGCCUGUGCUGCGGGCGAGGCCACAACCUCCUGCGCCAGACGCGCCGCGAGCGCUGCCGCUGCCACUUCCACUGGUGCUGCUCCGUGCUGUGUGAUCAGUGCCGGCUCAACACCUGGCUCAGCGUCUGCAAGUGAGGGGGGGCCGCCUGCGCCGCCCCCAGCCCUGCCUCCUGCCCCGGCAGCAUGGACGGAGCAGCCCCCCGCCCGCUGCCUGACACGAGGGUCCCUGCAGGUGUUUCGGGGCGUGCGCAAAGGCUGCGGGCCAAAGAGAAGGGCAGCACCCCAGCUCCGCGCCCAUAACUCCUAGGGCUUUGUGGGAAGGGAACAAGAAGCGUGGGGAGGGGGGAGGGCGCUGCAGUGGGGCCGGGGGGAAGCUAAGCAAAUUUUGCAAAUGCU